AUGGCCGCGCUCGCCGGCGACAACAACGCCAGGUACUGGCUGGCGGAGCACCCUGCCAUCGUAGGAUUCCGGUGGAGCCCCUCGGUCGGCCUCUGGUUCUCCACCUGGGCCUCCCUCCUCUGCUUCCUCGCCGCGUACGUCGCCCUCUGCCUGAUCCUCGACGCCAUCCUCGCCGCGCUCCGCCGCAAGAGGCCGCUCCCGCUCGGGCCCCUCCCCUCCGCGCACGCGCUCCUCAUGGCGACCGUCUCCGCGGCCAUCUUCACGGGCACGAUCCUCUCGGCCGUCGCGGAGAUACGCGACACCCGGUGGUCGUGGCGUGGGCGGAGCCGCACCACCCCGCUGCGGUGGCUCCUCUGCUUCCCGCCGGGCACGCGCUCCUCCGGCCGCGUCUUCUUCUGGUCCUACGCCUACUACCUGUCCCGCUACCUCCACGCGGCGCGUGGCCUCUUCGCCGUGCUCCGCCGCCGCGGCGGCGCGUCCGCCCGCGUCUUCGCGCACGCCGCCGCCGUCGCCAUGGCCUUCCUCUGGCUGGAGUUCUCGCAGUCGUUCCAGGUGCUGGCCAUCCUGGCCUCCACGCUCGCGCAUGCCGUUGCGUUCUGUUUCCGGUUCUGGGUCGGCGCCGGGCUGCCGGUCGCGCGCGCGGCGCGGGGUGCGCCCGUGGUGCUGGCGUGCCAGACGGGCCUGCUGGGGUGCAACCUGGCGUGCCACGCGGGGGUCGCGUGGAUGCACUUCGGCGGCGCCGUCGCCGGCGGGUGCAGCGGCAUCGGGGCAUGGGUGUUCAACACGCUGCUCAACGCCGCGCUGCUCAACGCCGCGCUGCUCUGGGUCUUCCUGCAUUGCUACGGCAAGCGCGGCGGCUGCGACGACGACGACGGCGGCAACAAGGAGCUGUGA